CCGACCGCCUGGUCUGGGCCCAAAUCACCAGAGAAUCCCGGAACACUCCAGAAAAACCAAUUUUCCUUGAAUAGCGGGGAAGAGGGAGAGGCGAAGCUAAAGGGAAAAAAUGUUCUUCUUCUUCGUGGGAGGAUUAGAACAACAGGUCCUGCAAGUACUGAAGAGCGGUGCCGGAAAAUGUAUAAACUGCGGGUCUAGAGCCGAUCUGGUGGACUACGAAAAGGUCCUCAAACUCUUCUUCGUGCCCGUAUGGCGGUGGCCUGGAAAAGAGCCUCUCAUGCACUGCCCCGAUUGCUUCCUCUUCUUCCCCCCUCCUACUCGUACAGGGCCACUCCUCGAUGUUCUCCGCUGCGCUUCUUGUGGUCGGCCUGUUGAAUCUAACUUCAGAUUCUGCCCUUUCUGUGGCUCUGCUCUCUAAUUCUCUUAUUUUCUCUCCUAGUGUUUGUUUGCUGUAUUUGGACCGUUUUUCUGUUUAAUAAUAUCAAUUAAUAAAGCACUUAUCUUUUCUUGUGCUUCA